GAGAAAGGGAAUGCUGGGAGUCAAUUUUUAUUCGUUUCUUUUUCCAACGGCUUUACUCAACCGUUAUUACUCCACCCUCAAUAACAAGAACACACGCUCUUUAAUAAAUCAUUCUCAAAUCCGAAUCCAAAUCUAGCGGCCACGAUGACCUCAUGACCGCCGGCUACCCUUUCUCCAAAUCGCAACCGUUCGUUUGGAACUGAAACUACAAUGAGUUAUGACAACGAUCAAACGGAAGCCAGACAGCUGCUUUCUCGGGGUUCUAGUGUUAGUGGCGGUAGCUUUAAUCAAAUGCAGCGGCGACGAGUUUCCGGUAAGCUAGCUAAGCCGGAGAGGCAACAGUCGUUUAGUCGAGAUAUCGGUCACGCCGCCUCCGAGACCUACUUGCUCACUCGGCUUACCAUCACUCUGCUCCGAUAUCUAGGGGUAGGCUACCGGUGGAUCACAAGAUUAGCUGCUCUUGGCAUUUAUGCUGCUCUACUAAUGCCGGGUUUUCUUCAAGUUGCAUAUUAUUAUUUCUUCUCAAGUCAGGUUCGACGAAGUAUUGUUUAUGGUGAUGAACCCAGAAACAGGUUGGAUCUGUAUUUGCCUAAAAAUUUAGAUGGACCGAAGCCAGUCGUGGUAUUUGUCACAGGAGGUGCCUGGAUUAUUGGGUAUAAAGCAUGGGGAAGUCUUCUAGGACAACAGUUGGCAGAAAGAGACAUCAUAGUGGCAUGUAUUGAUUACAGAAAUUUUCCCCAGGGAACCAUUGGUGAUAUGGUAACAGAUGCUUCUCAGGGGAUCUCAUUUAUUUGCAACAACAUUGCUGAAUAUGGAGGUGACCCUAGCAGGAUCUAUCUAAUGGGACAAUCAGCUGGUGCACACAUUUCUGCUUGUGCCCUCCUGGACCAAGCGAUCAGAGAAGCCAAGGGAGAGGAGAGCAUCUCCUGGAGUGUCUUCCAGAUAAAAGCAUAUUUUGGUUUAUCUGGAGGGUACAAUUUAUGCAAAUUAGUCGAUCAUUUCAACAACCGUGGCCUGUACCGUGCUCUUUUUCUAAGCAUAAUGGAAGGAGAAGAAUCCCUUGAACGUUUUUCUCCUGGAGUUAGAAUAGAGGACCCAAGCAUUAGAAAUGCUGUUUCUCUUCUGCCUCCUGUUAUUCUCUUUCACGGAACAGCGGAUUAUUCAAUACCAUCAUUUGCCAGUGAAGAUUUUGCAGCUGCUCUUCAAAGGUUAGGAGUACAAACUGAGCUGAUUUUGUUCGAUGGGAAAACCCAUUCAGACUUGUUUCUUCAAGAUCCUCUAAGAGGUGGUAAAGAUGCCAUGUUUGACCAUCUGGUCGCUGUGAUACAUGCUGGUGAUAAGGAAGCUCUUGCCAAGGAUGCUAUGGCACCUCCAAGAAGGCGCCUAGUUCCUGAGGUUUUGUUAAGAAUGGCCAGUUAUAUCAGCCCAUUCUAAGUCUGAACUUCCAUGCUUUCAACUCCACUAGGUUUUUUCCCACUCUUAUAUCAGAAACGGCCAUUUCUGUUGAUGCACAUCCUAUUAUUUAUUAUCGUCAUUGGGGGUAUAUAUAUGUAUAUAUAUGCAUUCUUCGCAGGGCCUCUCACUGUAUUUAUUUCUGGGGUGCUCGUAUGCUCCCUUCAACUGCCUGUAAUU